UCUGUCAUCUGUGAAAUGUGUGCAUUUUCAAUUAUAACCUAAAAUUUACAGAUUCUGUUUAUAUUUUUAUAAAAAAUGGGCAAGGCUAAAAAAUUUAAGCCCUCACAAGUGGCAAAAAAUAUAUCACUCGCAGAUCAAAUAGAAACAUCGAAUGUUAUAAAAAUUAAAAAUAGAAAAGACAAAACCAGACAAGAUGAAGGCGAUGAAGAAUUUGUUACUGCUGAUCUGUCAAAAAAAAUAUUAAAAGCUGCAAGGCGACAACAGGCCGAAAUUAGUAAUGGAAUUCCUUCCACCACAUCAGCUACAGCACCUUCAGCUUCAAUAUCAUUUCUUGAUCAAUCAUCUGAUCAUGAAGAGAGCUCGGACCAUGAUGAUUUGGAACCAGAUACAUUUUAUGAUAACAUUGAGAUCAAUGAAGAAGACGAGGAAGCACUUAAAAUGUUUAUGUCCUCAAAACCUGAGAAAACACGAACGCUAGCAGAUAUCAUAAAGGAUAAAAUAACAGAUAAACAUACUGAACUGCAAACUCAAUUCUCAGAUGUAGAAACCUUGAAACUGCAAAAUAUUGACCCUAGAAUUAAGACCAUGUAUGAAGGUGUGAGGGAUGUCUUGCAAAAAUACCGAUCAGGAAAAUUGCCCAAGGCAUUUAAAAUGAUACCACAUUUACAAAAUUGGGAACAAAUACUAUACAUUACAGAACCUACUACUUGGUCAGCAGCAGCCAUGUAUCAAGCAACAAGAAUUUUUGCCUCAAACUUAAAAGAGAAAAUGGCACAGAGGUUUUAUAACUUAGUUGUCCUACCUAGAGUAAGAGAUGAUUUGGCGGAAUACAAAAGAUUAAAUUUCCAUUUAUACCAAGCCUUACGGAAAUCUCUAUUUAAGCCGGGAGCUUUCAUGAAAGGCAUUUUAUUGCCACUUUUAGAGGCUGGGGACUGCACAUUGCGCGAAGCUGUUAUAGUUGGUUCUGUUUUGGCACGGAAUUCAGUGCCAGUGCUUCAUUCUAGUGCAGCUUUGUUAAAAAUAGCAGAAAUGGACUAUACUGGUGCCAAUUCAAUAUUUUUGAGAAUACUGUUUGAUAAAAAAUAUGCUCUGCCAUAUCGGGUUGUGGACUCAGUUGUAUUCCACUUUAUCAGAUUCCAGAGUGAAUCCAGAGUUUUGCCAGUGCUGUGGCAUCAAGCAUUGCUGACCUUUGUUCAACGAUACAAAGCUGAUAUAUCAACCGAGCAACGAGAUGCUCUUCUAGAACUCUUAAGAAAACAAUCACACCCUACAAUCACUUCAGAAAUACGACGAGAAUUGCAAGCAGCUAAAUGCAGGGACAUAGAAGUUAAUGAUCAAAUCCAAAACUGUAUGGUUGUUGAAUAAAAUAUUGCGAUUUAUAUGUACUGUACUUU